AUGUCCCCCACCACCAACGCCGAAGCCCGCAAAAAAAGCAAUGCCACCGCCCAAGACAUCGCAAGCGAAGCCGAAAAAGUCGGUUUCCACCGCUGGAAAUGCGUAACUGCAUAUCCCGGUCCCUACACCCUCUACCGAUCUUCCUCUCCCAACUACGUUUCGCCACCAGGCGAUCCUUCCCAGUCUAUCGACGCAAAAGGUAUUGCAUUCUUGCACAAACAAAAUAUCGGUCACGUGAUCUGUCUCAACAACGAUGAACCGAGUUGUCUCAAGAUUGAAGCCGAAUUGACCAAUGCCCAUCCGCGCAUCAUCUACACACAUCUUCCUGUGACAGAUUACACGCCACCGUCUUUGGAUCAGAUGGAAACGGCGUAUCAAGAGUAUUUGAAUGCGAAAGUACCGACACUCGUUCAUUGUGGGUAUGGGCAUGGGAGAACUGGCACAAUGAUUACGGCGUUGCAGUAUAAGAUUGAGAAGGCGAAAGGAAAGAAGCUGGAUUUUAAGGAUGCCGAUUAUGCUAGGAAUAACGUGGAGAAGACCCAUUACGGGAGGUCCACGGGACAGUAUGAAAUGUUGAAUUUGCUGCAAGGGAAGAAGUGA